AUGCAAACAAUACGCAAAGACUCAAAUACAAACUAUGACAAACUCUUUCUAGGAUAUAGGUUACCUGAGAUGGGCGACCAGAGCCCAAAGGCAAAAAGGACAUGGGAAAUUUACAACAUACUAGGUGAACAUGAGGCAAAGAUGCAACAACUUGAAGCAGAGGGCAAGUUACCAAAAGCGACACCAAAGAAGAAGAGAAGAGUAGAACAAAGUGAAAGUAGUGAAGAAGUAACUUCAUCUAGUGAAAGUAGUGGCAAUGAAGGAAAAAGAAGAGUUAAAAACUCAGUCAGGAAGAAAGUAAAGCUUGGUCCACGUGGGUUCUAUUAUGACAUAUAA